AUGGCCGACACCGAGCAUCUCGGCACUGCGACACGUAGUAUGUCCAAAGAUGAAGGCCGAUUGCGCGAAUUGGGAUACAAACAAGAGCUGAAACGAGACUGGUCUAUGAUUCAUAAUUUCGGUGUUUCAUUCAGUAUCAUUUCCGUCAUCACCGGCAUCACCACGUUGUUCAGUUAUGGCCUAAAUACUGGCGGUCCCGGCGUUAUGAGCGUCGGCUGGAUUAUCGUGAGUUUUUUUACCAUGUUUGUUGGGCUAGGUAUGGCUGAGAUUGUAUCGGCUAUUCCCUCUGCUGGUGGACCUUAUUUUUGGGCCGCGAUUCUGGCUCCUCAACAAUGGGCCCCAUUUGCAGCAUGGGUGACUGGCUGGUUUAACCUGCUCGGGCAGGUAGCUGUCACUACCGGAAUCACCUUUGGCUGUGCGGGCCUUGUAUCAACGUUAGCGAGUAUCAACGGCUAUGAGCCAUCUGCUGGGAAAACAUUGGGUAUCUAUGCCGCGAUCCUUUUCUCCCACGGAAUUGUCAACUCUUUUGGUGUUCACAUCCUGCGGUAUUUAAACAAUACAUCGAUUGUUUUGCAUUCACUGGGCGUUUUCGCCUUUGCCGUGGCCGUUGUGGCUAAAGCACCACGCCAUAUGGACGCCAAGUUCGUCUUCGCGACAUUCUACGAUGGAACCGGCGACCCAGGCUGGUCUGUUCGCGCUUCCCCUGCAUAUGUUGCUUGUGUGGGCAUUCUCAUGUCUCAAUAUACCAUUACAGGUUUUGAUGCAAGUGCGCAUUUGUCCGAGGAGACGCAAAACGCAUCCUGGUCCGCACCUCUUGGUGUACUAAUGUCAAUCGGUUGUUCUGCCGUCUUCGGCUGGUUCUUGAUUCUAUGCCUUCUUUUCAGCAUCCAAGAUUUCGAAUCCACUGUCGCUCCAGAGUACGGAAACCCGGUCCUUCAAAUCCUUGUUGAUGUUUUCGGCAAGACAAGCGCAAUUGUUCUCUUCACUCUCGUCAUAAUUUGUGUCUGGCAUUGCGGUCUCUUCAGCUUAACAUCCAACUCACGGAUGAUGUUCUCCUUCGCUCGCGACGGUGGCAUCCCGCCUUUCUUUCAUCACGUUGACAAACGAUUCCGCAGCCCAAUCCGCACUAUCUGGCUCGCAGCUACACUCUCAUUCCUCCUAGCAGUGCCUAGCGUUGGUUCCAGCGUGGCCUUCGCAGCAGCAACUUCAAUCGCCACGAUCGGGCUGUACAUUUCUUACGGACUCCCGAUCCUGAUCGGCAUGGUGAAUCCACAAGGCUUCAUCCACGGGCCCUUCAACCUCAAGAAAUUCUCACGACCUGUUGCCCUCAUCGCUUGCAUGUGGAUUGCCUUCAUCACCAUCAUCUUCUGCCUGCCAUCCGUCAACCCUGUGGACAGCCAAACCCUGAAUUACACGCCCGUGGCCGUCGGGAUUAUCGGCUUCUGGUGCCUUGCUAGCUGGGGCUUGUGGGCUCGAAAGUGGUUCAAGGGGCCCAUUCGACAGGUGGAGGCCGAGGUUGCUGGAGUCAAUGUCGAUGACCCUGACGCUAUGGACCGUGCCGAGAGGGAAGGCAGGAUUCCGCAGGUAGAUGCCUUGGAAAGCUCCAAGGAAAAGAGUCUUCUGGCAGCCAUGAAACAUACAACUUGA